AGUAGUGAAAUUUUCUGCUCAAUUGAUUUAGCGUCCUAACUAAUUCAUUCAAAGAUGACUGGUCCGAAAAUGGAUCCGUGGAAUGAUUCAGGAAGCAAUAUUGCUGCGACUUUUGCUAGUAAUACUGGAAAUCUACAGCCAGUGCUGAGGUGGAAAUUUGACGAGCUCUUUUUUCGCUGGAUGUCCCUACCGCAGACUGUUCAAUACAUGGAAAAAAUUGCAUCCAAGAUAAGAGACAACGAAGAUCCAUCUCAAGUGCCUUGGUCAGCCAAUACUUCAGACGCCAACUAUAACUUCGGUCAAAAUUCAGUUUCGUCAACACAUAGUACGAGUGUUUCUGGAAUUAAUGUAAAUGGUGGCUAUCCAAUAUCCAACGGAGCUACUCAACAAAGGUUUCAAUCGACGGUCGGGGGUAUGGCUGUAACACCAACUCCUCCUGCAAUUGCAUCACCAAGGAACAAUAGCACCGGUAGACACGGCAAGAAAGGGGUAUACUCUCCAAGGUCAUCGCAUUCCAACGAGAAGGUGCUCAGUCCGCGUAGAAGUGAUGAACAGGUAGCCAAUUCUGCAAUUUCGGCCUGGCCGUCCUCUUCUCAAAGUGCCACUAGUCCCGCUGCAGUGAGCGUAUUAACAAAAUAUCCGACAGUAGACAGUGAUUCUACUGCAACUGAAGCCAGCAAUGCAAUACAAACUGCCAAACAAACUUCUCCUCCAGCCAAAACUACUGAUGGAACGGUGACUGCUACGCUUGACACGAGUACAGGGACACAACAGUCAGUAACUACCUCGGCCACUACUUCCAUACCUCAAUUCUACUUCCCACGUGGAGUCCCACUGACGAAUGUUGAGACUCAAAAGACACUGUCGAACCUCAGAGACGCCUUUGAAAAACUACCAAACCGAAAAGCAAACAAAGCCAAUAUGCACCAAAUUAUGAAGAUCAUUGGGCUUCCCCUGUACGCAAGAGUGCCCCUGUUGGCAAAAUGUAAAGUAGGAGGAGACUCUCCAAGUGCAUUUGUGUCUGCUGACACCUUCAUAUCAACAUGGAAAAACAUCAUAUCGGACUCGCACGACGCAGCUGCUCGUUUCGUCAAAACAGCAAGCAGACGAUCUUCGUCAGGGGGAGGAGACUAUUUGAUCCCGGGUGACUUCGAAUGUAUGCUGCAGGAUGUUGUGGACACUCACAAGGGUUUGUUGUUCCUACAAGAGGCCAAAGAUUUCCACAGUCGCUACAUUGCUACUGUGAUUGCCCGGAUAUUUUACUCGGUCAAUAGAUCGUGGUCAGGAAAGCUGUCGUUGCACGAAGUCAGAAACUCCAACCUCAUACAGACGUUUGAGCAGUUGGAGGUUGAAGAAGAUAUCAACAGUGUGCGAGACUUCUUCUCCUACGAGCACUUCUACGUCAUCUACUGCAAAUUCUGGGACAUAGAUCUAGACAGAGACCUUCUCGUGAGUCACUCGGACCUAUGUCGGCACGAGUCCCACGCAGUCUCACAACGAGCUAUUGACAGAAUAUUCCAGGGUACGGUGUCUAAAGAAUUGACCAGUAAGAGCAUGAAGAUGAGCUACAGCGACUUCGUGUGGUUCCUGAUCUCAGAAGAAGACAAGCAGAGUGCAACUAGUAUCGAGUACUGGUUCCGGAUCAUGGAUCUAGACGGAGACGGGGCUCUGUCCAUGUACGAACUGCAACACUUCUGGGAUGAGCAGCUCCAGAGGAUGGUCCAGCAGGACUUUGCCGACCUGCUUCCGUUUGAGGACAUUCUGUGUGAAAUGUUAGACUUGGUGAAGCCAGCUGAUCCCACACGCAUCACUCUCUCGGACUUGAAGAGGUGCAAACUCACCCCUGUCUUCCUCAACACUUUCAUCAACUUCAAGAAGUUCCUCGACAUCCAGCAGAGACAGAACGUCGGACUCUAUAGGGACGAGGAGGAGCGUCGGCUGAGUGAGCUUGAGACUGAGUGGGAGAGAUAUGCGAAGGAGGAGUACGAGAGACUGGUCAGUGAAGACGGGGACCAGGAGUCAUACAUGUCGUACGAAGAUGACUUCGAGCCUGUUGGAGCAGCCAACAUAGGGGAGAGCGGAAACCUAUCAUCAGAACAGCAGCAAAACUCUGUCGGCCAACUGAGCAUGUCGGCCAUCAGUGGCAACUUUAUCCUCGGCAAGAAUACCAUGGAGCCUAACGCCGACCAGGCUGAAAUCACAGAUGCAAUCAUGGAGCCAGCGGAUGAAUCUGGAACUGAGAAAUAUGUUGAUAAACUGGACUUAGACAUGUUGAAACUAGGCUCAUCUUGAAAUCAGAACAUUAUUUCCUGCAACUUUUCGGGAAAAGGUGCUAAAGUAAUGACGCGUCAGUGGAAAACCUAAAAAUUUUAUAAAACAGCGAAUUCCUGUUCGCUUUUUUAAAUUGAAUGGCUUUCGGAGGCUGAAAGAAUAAGAAGCAGAGUUCUGAAUGGAUUAUUUAAUUUAAGAUCCGUGAUUAGCUCCGAGAGAUAAUAUUGCAGCUCAGUGAAUUUGAAAUUUUUAGUAUUAAUUGUUUGUAAAUGAUCAGUUAGAUUAUGUAAAUGCCGAUUUUAACACUUCGCAUUAUUUUUGUAUUAAAGCUCGAGAUAUGAGCGGACGAUAGCCGGUUGCGUGUAAGUACCACAGAAUGUUCCGACCACAGUAAUACAA